AUGAGCGACAUCAUACAGGUCCUUCCGAACAUCGACACCGAACCAUUUGAGAGAGUGCUAGAACGACUAGAAAAGGCCAAUAUCAGCAGCAAUGACUUGAUGACUCUGGGUGCCGUCGAUGUCGCCCGCCGCGCCGACGUAUCCAUCGACCAAGUGCGCGAACUCACCGCAUCUCUGAUCACUCAGCUUCACGCUCAGCUCGGUUUUGACGCUCCCCAAGACAAUCAUGACCACGAGAAAGACGAAUCUGCCAAGUCAGCGAAGGAAGGCCCGGCGUGGUCACACAUCAGUACUCUAGACGACGACCUCGAUGCAGCGCUCGGAGGAGGUUUCCCUGCUGGCCAAGUUUGCGAGAUCACAGGAGAGAGUGCGGCGGGCAAGACUCAAUUGCUUUUGACCUUGCUCCUCGCUGUACAACUACCACCGCCAAAAGGCUUGGGGAAGAGUGCACUUUACUUGUCUACUGAAGCACCACUGUCGACUACCCGCCUGAAUCAAAUCUUGACAAGGCAUCCAUACCUAUCCUCUCUGUUCGAAUCCGAGAAGCCGUCUCUGUCCCGCGUCCAGAGCACCCAACUCCAAGAUCUUGAGACCCAGGACCAUGUGUUGCGUUAUCAAGUGCCUGUACAAAUCGCUCGAGCCAAUGUUGGUCUCAUCGUUAUCGACUCGGUGGCAGCCAAUUUCCGCGCUGAGUUUGACCGUGUUGGCGCCAACUCUUCAGAUGCUCUGGCUCGUCGGAGUCUACAACUGACCCAGCUCGGCGCUCAUUUGCGCGACCUCGCUCGUUCACACAACGUCGCAAUUGUUGUCGCCAACCAAGUCCUCGAUCGAUUCGGCCCUGCCGCCUCGCUUNUUGAUGCUACAGCAACUCCCUUAUCGCAGAACUCUGUCGCUACACAAAUGUCGAGUACCAAUAACAACAACAAUACCUCCACCAUCCCAGCACCGUCUCAACAGCCCCAGCUGCUCCUCUCAACAAAUGAUCCUUUGUCCUUAGACCACCAACAGCGUUUCUUUACAGGAUGGGGCGACCACCGGUUCAUGCGCGACCUUAAGACGCCCUCGUUGGGAUUGACAUGGACAAAUCAACUGUCUGCUCGUAUCGUGUUGCUCAAGCAACCUAUACUCAAGCCCCAGGACUAUCUUCUGGGUCCAGGCAUGGACAUAGUGGGUUGGAGACGUCAUCUCAAAGUCGCUUUCUCGGCUUGGUCGCGUGAUGAUAAUGGGACGGACGGUGUCGAGUUUGAAGUUUGCGAGGAAGGCAUCAGGUCAAAAAGGCCGGAUGAGAACACAGCAACGGUCGAUGAAGCAUGA